AUGAUGAAAAAAGAUGGAGACAGUGAUAGUGAGAGUGGUUGCUGUGAGACUGUGAGUGCUUACAGUGGACUGAGUGCAGCAGUGCCACAAGAUGUCACUGUUUCUUUUGAGGAGUCAGACACCAGCGACAUCUUGAGGAGCAGUGUGAAUAAAGCUGCACUGGGAAUCAUGUCUUCCUCAGGCCUGGACAGGUGUCCCCUGACACAACAAGAGUUCCUGACAUCAUAUGCCUACCAUGAGAAGAAACAGGCCAGUGUCAUGGAGAGAACCAAGUCUGCUGUGUCAACAGGCAUGAAUUUCAAGUGCAGUAAGGAAUGCUUGCUGAACAAUUUGUACAAGAGAGUGCCAAUUUUUAAAUGGCUGCCUGAGUAUGAUUUCAAGUCAAACAUGUUGGGUGAUCUGAUUGCUGGGAUUACUGUUGCUGUGAUGCACAUACCUCAAGGAAUGGCUUAUGCUAUGCUGUCAGGGUUACCAGCUGUGAAUGGGCUUUACAUGGCCUUCUUCCCUGUCCUAGUCUACAUCAUCUUUGGGUCAUCAAAACACAACUCUAUUGGUACCUUUGCUGUAGUUUUAUUGAUGACAGGAACAGUGUCUCUGGAACUCAUGGAAAAACAUGGAUCCAGUCAUUUACAUGAUUACACAAUCACCCAGACUGUGGCUCUGGUGACUUUUGCAGUGGGCAUGUGGCAGAUGAUCAUGGGACUGCUGAGGCUUGGAGCCUUGUCAGUGCUCCUGUCAGAUGUUCUAGUUAGUGGAUUCACCACUGGAGCAGCAGUACAUGUGCUAACCUCUCAGCUCAAAGGCAUAUUUGGAAUCACUGUACCCAGACAAACCCGCUUUCCCAAGCUGAUCAGAACUCACUGGUAUGUCUUGAACCACCUCAAGGAGAGCAAUGUUGUUGCGCUGAUAGUGUCUUUUGUUACCAUGUUCAUCCUGGUUAUCAACAAUGAUUUUGUGAAGCCAAGAUUGGCAAGAAGGUGUUCAGUGCCAGUGCCCAUAGAGUUGAUUGCAGUGGUGGGAGGAACGCUAUUGUCAUACCUCCUAAAUUUGAAUGCAGAGUACAAAGUACCAGUGAUAGGAGAGGUGCCAACUGGGUUGCCAGCACCUGAAAGUCCACCUCUGGAGCUUUUGCAUGAUGCCCUUGCAGGUUCAAUUGUCAUUGCUGUGGUGGCCUACACAACAUCUUAUUCAAUGGCCAGGAUUUUUGCCAGACGGCUGAACUAUGCCAUUGAUGCCAAUCAGGAGUUGCUGGCUUUGGGACUCGCCAACAUAGUUGGGUCAUUUUUCCAGUGUGGUCCAGUUGCAGCCUCACUUUCCAGAAGCUUGAUUCAGGAAUCAGUUGGAGGAGCAACUCAAAUUGCCAGCAUAGUGUCAGCAGGUCUCAUUGUCAUCGUCUUGCUGUUCCUGGGACCAUUGUUUGAACCGUUGCCAAGAUGCAUCUUAUCGUCCAUCAUCGUGGUGUCACUCAAAGGGAUGUUCCUGCAGUUGAGGGACUUGAAGCAAGCGUGGCAGUCCAGCAAGUUGGACGCCAUGAUUUGGGUCGCCACGUUCUUGUCAGUUGUUAUAGUGGACAUAGAUUAUGGAUUGGCCAUUGGUGUGGCUGUUUCACUCAUCACUCUGUUGUGGAGGAAUCAGCAUGCGUAUGCUUGUACUUUGGGCGAGAUUCCAAGGACAGGCAUUUUUGUGGACUCUCAACGUUUUGACGCAGCAGACGAGAUACACAACAUCAAGAUAUUCCACUACGGCGCCGGUCUCCACUUUGCCAAUGGCGACCAUUUCCGGGAAGUGCUGUUUGACAUGACCGGCCUUGACCCAGUCAAGUGGCACGAACAGGCCAUCAAGCGACUCAAGAGAGCCGAAAAGCUACGGCUGCAGUCAAGAGCGCCAUCUGCCGCCGUCCUCACAACCUCUGGGGACAACAGCAAUGGCGACUCUGUUGCUGGUAGUGGUGGUGCAGCAGCAGCAGCAAGUGCUGCUGCUGCUGCAAAUGAGCAAGGACAUGACACUUGCUGUGAACGAUGUCCAUUGAUUUGGCUCAACUGCUGCAGCUUUUGCAAGGCCAGGACUGAGAAGCUUGAUGAGGCUUCAAAGGGGGCCACAGAGAAAUUUUUGAAAGAUUCUAGAGUGAAUUUCAAAGAUGAGAGUGUUGUGUCAUCAACCAUUAGGGAGACUUUUGAAGACCAACAAGAAGGGACAAACUCAUCAACAGAGAUCAGAGGGAUCAAAAUAGACAGGAGAUCCCUUUCAGCUGGGGUCUCAGUUGGUGACUGUCUGGCAUUGCCAGGGUCCACUGGCCUGAGGCUCAGAAGAACCAGCAUCCAUGUGGACACCACUGGACACCCAUUGCCAUUCAGGUACCUUCUCAUAGACCUGAGUGGCAUAGGAUUCAUAGACAUGGCUGGUGUGAAACUCUUCAAGAGUCUAGUGCAAGACUAUGACAGGAUCAACAUCCAGGUCCUCUUUUCUGGACCAACAGAACCCGUCUUGCACAUGUUCAGGAAAAUGUCCUUCAGUGAUGAAGUACCUCAGCAAAGGUUCUUCCCUACAGUCCAGGAUGCUGUGAUGGCUUGCAAGAGGAAAAUGUUACUGUCUCUGGUAGUGUUGCCAAUCCAAAGCCACAAACCCGUUCUGCACACAGUGGAUGAAGCGGUUGAUGAUGAAAACUCGCACAAUCCAGAUGCCGAUGGCAUCGUCCUUGAUUAGCUUAUAAUAAUGUAUAACAUGCGCUGCAUAUAUAUUUAGUGUCACGGGCCACCGCGAAAAGAAAGAAGAGCAAAAAAAUAAAUAAAUCUCUCAUUCUGUCUCGUGGGUAUUUUCGGAAAGUGAAUCAUGGGAAAUUAAUGGAAAUUGCGAAUUAAAUCGGGAGGAG